CUCGAAAUUGUGUUUCCGGCAACAAGGCAGUGUUGCUACAAGCCGUCCCCUCCAAACCCUCAGCCGACUGUUUAUAUUCAUGGCAUGAGCGGGGAGAAAACAGCAACAACAGCAACAGCAACACAUUAGGACCCGACCGUCGCCUCAGGACACCAUGAAGCCCCCGCCUCGGCAGCGCAUCCUGACCAAACGCUACGAGGAGCGCAGAACGGUGCAGAAGCAGGUGCGCGUCCGGCGAGAGCUUAUGGAGAAUGUGUGCACCUGGGGGGUCACCGAGCAGCGCAGGUUGCUGAAGGGCCUCGAGUGGCUCAAGCACCACCGUCGCGUCGAGCCGGACAUCGACUAUGAGUGGUUGCAGAAGAGGGUUCCCAAGCGGUCCAUCGAGCAGCUGUGCACCGUGGUGCGUGAGCUGAAGGUCCGGGCGGUCAGCAGGGGGGCCAGUCAGCUGCGGAGGCAGCGGAGUAACGAGGCGGGGCUUGAGGGCGAGGGGGAGGAGCCUCUCCAGCUGUGGCGGGAAACGGCCCGCUUCGUGGCGGGGGACAUGGAGGGGGACAUCGCCAAGGCGUUCUCUCAGAUGCUGGUCGUGUCGUCCACAGAACAUCAGACCCCUUUCAACUCUGCAGUUUCUCCCCCGCGGUCUGGCCACGCCCAGCCCCCCACGACCGGCCCUGUCACUCCAGGGCCCCUCCCUCCCAGGGGCCCCUCCCCGGGGUGCCUGGCCCCCGUCCUCCAGACCCCCGUGGUGACCCUGACCCAUGUCCGGGUCCCCCUGUCAGGCCCCCCUGUAGGGGUGCUUUUCCCUCCGUCCACGCCGGGGCAGGGGCCCUCAGCCACGCCCUCCGUUGCGUUGCCAGGGGCAGGUUGCCAAGCAGCCGCCUCCACGCCUCUGUUGCCGCGCCUCAGCCAGGCGUCGGCCGUUGCCGGGGCAAUGGACAAGCCUGGCUCAAGGGUGGAACCUGUUGAAGGCCCAGGCAAGGCAGGUGAACAGGAGCAGAGGUCCAAGUGCUUGGUGGACUUCAAUAAGAUAUACCUGCACCUCUCCCACCCCUGGAGGGAGGGCAAGGACGGCCCCCUCUCGCCCUUGGAGUGCGCUGUGGUGCUGGACCUGCUGAUGGCGCUGCCAGAAGAGCUCCCUCUGCUGGAUGGAGGCAAACUACGCCAGCACAUGAUCGAGACCUACGCCAGCCUCUCCGCCCCCGCGCCGCGGGCAGAGAGGGGUGAAGUCCCCCCGCCGCCGGCCGCGGCCACCCGCCCCGGCCCCGCCGAAGCGGAACCCAGCCGGGACGCCGUGAACUCGGCCGCCGCGGGAGAACACAACUACUCGAAUGACCGCGGCGAGCGCGUGGUAGCGGCGAAGACAACCACGCCGCCGCCGCCGCCCGAGCCCCCGCUGUGCCCCCUCAACCCGUUCAAGCUGCCCUUGAAGCUCUUGGUGAAACGCUCUUAGCUAGCCUGUGGACACACGCCGCGCCCCGACGUAGCGCUCGCUGUAUGCCCGGUCCUCCCUGUUUACGUUCUGUGAGGCGCACAGGGUCUGACGCACGUCAAGAAGUACGUCUGGCGUCGCUGAACGUGAACGCAGUGUGCGGGGGUUUGAGGCAGGGCCGUAGAGAGAGCUCGUCUGGGGCUGCAGUUGUGUCGGGCCCCCCAGACCCCAUCUAGCCCAGACUCUGCAUGCAUGUAAAACCUUUUCUAAUGAAUGUCCGUGGGAUCCGCAAGUGAGAGUGAAGUUUAUUCUGUAUGGUAUGGUUGUUACUAUUGAGAUAUGUUUGUGAUAAUAAAUACCCCUUCAAAGGUCAUGCGCUUGCCUGAACCGCUAGUUAAUGAAUAUUCGGUCAAUCAUUAAAGACCAAUGCAACCAAACCCAUUUUUGAAGAAAUUAUACGUAACACCUACAUUGUCGGUUAAAAGAUUUUGAAUCUGUUCGAUCUGUUCUACCCUGGCCUGAAAUCGUUUUUUGUUUCCUAAAACAGUUGCCCCUUUCAGGAAGGACUUUUAUUACCCUGUAACCAUCUUCAAAUAAAUAUUAUCAGAGUUGCCGAGGAGUGUUGUGGAAUUUGAAUAUUGUUUGAUUGCUUUUUGUUGGGGUAUGGCCGCAUACUCCCUCUUCCUUAUCACACGUAGAGCCCUUUAUGAGCUGACGCCAGCUUCCUACUGGCGGACUGGGAUGUCCGGAAGAUAAGGACGACCACAGUAGCAAACUGCACAUUCACACACCGGAGCUCCUUGGGAUCCCGCUGGACGCGCUCAAACAAGGGAUUACACUCUUUUUCUUUUUCACGAGGAACCGUUUCUCCCCGGCUAACUUCAGAAAGGCUGCGGGCCGCGAUGGCCUCGACUUCUCGUAGGAGCAUCUGGGUGGUGUUCACCUGGGCUGUGUUCACCUGGGUGGUGGUCCUCUGUGGACCGCUGGUGGAGGGUGGAACAGUGACUUCUGCAUCCACGGUUCUGAAUUCAACAGUUACAACUGUGAAUUCUGUCCCACUGACUUCUAAACCUACGGUUCAAACUUCAACAGCAGAUCCAUCGACUUCUGCAUUCACAGUUCUGACAUCAACAGAUGGAGGAUUGACUUCUGCAUCCACAGUUCUGACUUCAACAGAUGGACCAUUGACUUCUGCAUCCACAGUUCAGACUUCAACAGAUGAAAAAGUCACUUGUAACCCAUUGACUUCUGAAACUAUGGUUCAAACUUCAACAGCAGAGCCAUCGACUUCCACAUCCACCGUUCUGAAUCCAACAGCAGAGCCAUCGACCUCCGCAUCCACUGUUCUGACUUCGAUAGAUCAACCAUUGACUUCUGCAUCGACAAUUCAGACUUCAACAUAUGGAACAUUGACUUCUGACCCACUGACUCCUCAAACUACGGUUCAAAACUCAACAGCAGAGCCAUCAACUUCUGCAUCCACACUUCUGACUUCAACAGAUGGACCAAUGACUUCUGCAUUCACAGUUCGGACUUCAACAGAUGGAACAAUGACUUCUGACCCACUGACUUCUCAAACUACUGGUACAAUUUCAGCAUCAGAGCCAUCGACUUCUGCAGUCACAGUUCUGACUUCGAUAGAUCAACCAUUGACUUCUGCAUCCACAAUUCAGACUUCAACAGAUGAAACAGUGACUUCUUACCCACUGACUCCACAAACUACGUUUCAAAACUCAACAGCAGAGCCAUCAACUUCUGCAUCCACAGUUCUGACUUCAACAGAUGGACCAUUGACUUCUGCAUUCACAGUUCUGACUUCAACAGAUGGAGCAUCGACUUCUGCAUCCACAAUUCUGACUUCAACAGUUGGACCAUUGACUUCUGGAUCCACAGUUCUGACCUCAACAGAUGGAACAAUGACUUCUGACCCAUUGACUUCUCAAACUACGGUUCAAACUUCAACAGCAGAGCAAUCGACUUCUGCAUCAACUGUUCUGACUUCAACAGAUGGAGGAUUGACUUCUGCAUCCACAGUUCUGACUUCAACAUAUGGAACAUUGACUUCUGACCAACUGACUCCUCAAACUACGGUUCAAACUUCAACAGCAGAGCCAUCAACUUCUGCAUCCACACUUCUGACUCAAACAGAUGGACCAUUUACUUCCGCAUCCACAGUUCUGACUUCAACAACAGCGUCAUCGACUUCUGCAUCCACAGUUCUGACUCAAACAGAUGGACCAUUUACUUCUGCAUCCACAGUUCUGACCUCAACAGAUGGAACAAUGACUUAUGACCCAAUGACUUCUCAAACUUCAACUGCAGAGAAAUCGACUGCUCCAUCAACAGUUAUGACUUCAACAGAUGGAACAUUGACUUCUGACCCACUAACCUCUCAAACUACAGUUCAAACUUCACCAGUAGAGCCAUCGACUUCUGCAUCAACAGUUCUGGCUCCAACAGAUGGACCAUUUACUUCUGCAUCCACAGUUCUGACUUCAACAACAGCGUCAUCGACUUCUGCAUCCACAGUUCUGACUCAAACAGAUGGACCAUUUACUUCUGCAUCCACAGUUCUGACUUCAACAGAUGGACCAUUGACUUCUGCAUCCACAGUUCUGACUUCAACAGAUGAAACAAUGAUUUCUGACCAACUGACUUCUCAAACUACUGUUAAAAUUUCAACAUCAGAGCCAUCGACUUCUGCAGUCACAGUUCUGACUUCAACAGAUCAACCGUUGACUUCUGCGUCCACAAUUCUAACUACAAAAGUUGGAUCAUUGACUUCUGCAUCCACAGUUCAGACUUCAACAAAUGAAAAAGUCACUUCUAACCCACUGACUUCUGAAACUACGGUUCAAACUUCAACAGCAGAGCCAUCGACUUCCGCAUCCACUGUUCUGACUCCAACAGCAGAGUCAUCGACUUCUGCAUCAACAGUUCUGACUUCGACAGAUCAAUCAUUGACUUCUGCAUCCCCAAUUCAGACUUCAACAGAUGAAACAGUGACUUCUGACCCACUGAUUUCUCAAACUACGGUUCAAACUUCAACAGCAGAAUCAUCGACUUCCGCAUCCACAGUUCUGACUUCAACAACGGCGUCAUCGACUUCUGCAUCCACAGUUCUGACUUCAACAGAUGGACCAUUGACUUCUGCAUCCACAGUUCUGAACUCAACAGAUGGAACAAUGACUUCUGACCCAAUGACUUCUCAAACUUCAACUGCAGAGAAAUCGACUGCUCCAUCAACAGUUAUGACUUCAACAGAUGGAACAUUGACUUCUGACCCACUAACCUCUCAAACUACAGUUCAAACUUCACCAGUAGAGCCAUCGACUUCUGCAUCAACAGUUCUGGCUCCAACAGAUGGACCAUUUACUUCUGCAUCCACACUUCUGACUUCAACAGAUCGACCAUUGACUUCUGCAUCCACAGUACAGACUUCAACAGAUGAAAAGGUGACUUCUGACCCACUGAUUUCUCAAACUACGUUUCAAACUUCAACAGCAGAAUCAUCGACUUCCGCAUCCACAGUUCUGACUUCAACAACAGCGUCAUCGACUUCUGCAUCCACAGUUCUGACUUCAACAGAUGGACCAUUGACUUCAGCAUCAACGGUUCUGACUUCAACAGAUGGAACAAUGACUUCUGACCCACUGACUUCUCAAACUACUGUUCAAAUUUCCACAUCAGAACCUUCGACUUGUGCAUCCACAGUUCUGACUUCAACAGAUGGAGCAUUUACUUCUGCAUCCACAGUUAUGACUUCAACACAUGAACCAUUGACUACUGCAUCCACAAUUCUAACGUCAACAGAUGAAACAUUGACUUCUGACCCGCUGACUUCUCAAACUCCAGUUCAAACUUCACCAGCAGAGCCAUCGACUUCUGCAUCCACAGUUCUGACUCAAACAGAUGGACCAUUUACUUCUGCAUCAACAGUUCCGACUACAACAGAUGCACCAUUGACUUCUGCAUCCACAGUUAUGACUUCAACAGAUGGAACAUUGACUUCUGACGCACUGACCUCUCAAACUACAGUUCAAACCUCCCCAGUAGAGCCAUCGACUUCUGCAUCCACACUUCUGACUUCAACAGAUCGACCGUUGACUUCCGCAUCCACUGUUCAAACUUCAACAGCAGAGCCAUCGACUCCCGCAUCCACAGUUCUGACUUCAACAGAUGGACCAUUGACUUCUGCGUCCACAAUUCUGUCUACAACAGAUGGACUUUCGACUUCUGCAUCCACAGUUCUGAUUUCAACAGAUGAAAAGGUGACUUCUGACCCACUGAUUUCUCAAACUACGGUUCAAACAUCAAACAACAAUCAAACAACAGCAGAGCCAUCGACUUCUGCAUCCACAGUACAGACUUCAACAAAUGAAAAUGUGACUUCUGACCCACUGAUUUCUCAAACUACGGUUCAAACAUCAACAGCAGAGCCAUCGACUUCCCCAUCCACCGUUCUGACUUCAACAUAUGAAACAGUGACUUCUGACACACUGACCUCUCAAACUACUGGUCGAAUUUCCACAUCAGAGCCUUCGAAUUCUGCAUCCACAGUUCUGACUUCAACAGAUGGACCAUUGACUUCUGCAUCCACAGUUCUGACUUCAACAGAUGGACCAUUGACUUCUGUAUCCACAGUUUUGACUUCAACAGAUGGAACAAUGACUUCUGACCCACUGACUUCUCAAACUACUGUUCAAACUUCAACAGCAGAGCAAUCAACUUCUGCAUCAACAGUACUGACUUCAGCGGAUGGAGGAUUGACUUCUGCAUCCACAGUUCUGAUUUCAACAGAUGGAACAUUGACUUCUGACCCACUGACCUCUCAAACUACAGUUCAAACCUCACCAGUAGAGCCAUCGACUUCUGCAUCCACACUUCUGACUUCAACAGAUCGACCGUUGACUUCCGCAUCCACAGUUCUGACUUCAACAGAUGGACCAUUGACUUCUGCAUCCACAGUUCUGACUUCAACAGAUGGACCAUUGACUUCUGCAUCCACAGUUUUGACUUCAACAGAUGGAACAAUGACUUCUGACCCACUGACUUCUCAAACUACUGUUCAAUCGUCAACAUCAGAACAAUCGACUUCUGCAGUCACUGUUCUGACUUCAACAGCGGAGCCAUUGACUUCUGCAUCCACAAUUCAGACUUCAACAGAUGGACCAUUGACUUCUGCAUCCACAGUUCUGACUUCAACAGAUGGAACAAUGACUUCUGACCCAUUGACUUCUCAAACUAUGGUUCAAACUUCAACAGCAGAGCAAUCAACUUCUGCAUCAACAUUUCUGACUUCAACGGAUGGAGGAUUGACUUCUGCAUCCACAGAUAUGACUUCAACAGAUGGACCAUUGACCUCUGCAUCCACAGUUCUGACUUCAACAGAUGUAACAUUGACUUCCGCAUCCACUGUUCAAACUUCAACAGCAGAGCCAUCGACUCCCGCAUCCACAGUUCUGGCUUCAACAGAUGGACCAUUGACUUCUGCGUCCACAAUUCUGACGACAACAGUUGGACCAUUGACUUCUGCAUCCACAGUUCUGACUUCAACAGAUGGACCAUUGACUUCUGCAUCCACAGUUUUGACUUCAACAGAUGGAACAAUGACUUCUGACCCACUGACUUCUCAAACUACUGUUCAAUCUUCAACAUCAGAACAAUCGACUUCUGCAGUCGCUGUUCUGACUUCAACAGCGGAGCCAUCAUCUUCUGCAUCAACAGUUCUGACUUCAACAGAUCAACCAUUGACUUCUGCAUCCACAGUUCUUACCUCAACAAAUGGAACAAUGACUACUGACCCAUUGACUUCUCAUACUACGGUUCAAACUUCAACAGCAGAUCAGUCGACUUCUGCAUCAACAGUUCUGAUAUCAACGGAUGGAGGAUUGACUUCUGCAUCCACAGUUCUGACUUCAACAUAUGAAACAGUGACUUCUGACACACUGACCUCUCAAACUACUGGUCGAAUUUCCACAUCAGAGCCUUCGAAUUCUGCAUUCACAGUUCUGACUUCAACAGAUGGACCAUUGACUUCUGCAUCCACAGUUUUGACUUCAACAGAUGGAACAAUGACUUCUGACCCACUGACUUCUCAAACUACUGUUCAAACUUCAACAGCAGAGCAAUCAACUUCUGCAUCAACAGUACUGACUUCAGCGGAUGGAGGAUUGACUUCUGCAUCCACAGUUACGACUUCAACAGAUGGACCAUUGACUUCUGCAUCCACAGUUCUGAUUUCAACAGAUGGAACAUUGACUUCUGACCCACUGACCUCUCAAACUACAGUUCAAACCUCACCAGUAGAGCCAUCGACUUCUGCAUCCACACUUCUGACUUCAACAGAUCGACCGUUGACUUCCGCAUCCACUGUUCAAACAUCAACAGCAGAGCCAUCGACUCCCGCAUCCACAGUUCUGACUUCAACAGAUGGACCAUUGACUUCUGCGUCCACAAUUCAGACUUCAACAGAUGGACCAUUGACUUCUGCAUCCACAGUUCAGACUUCAACAGAUGGACCAUUGACUUCUGCAUCCACAGUUCUGACUUCAACAGAUGGAACAAUGACUUCUGACCCAUUGACUUCUCAAACUACGGUUCAAACUUCAACAGCAGAGCAAUCAACUUCUGCAUCAACAUUUCUGACUUCAACGGAUGGAGGAUUGACUUCUGCAUCCACAGAUAUGACUUCAACAGAUGGACCAUUGACCUCUGCAUCCACAGUUCUGGCUUCAACAGAUGGACCAUUGACUUCUGCGUCCACAAUUCUGACGACAACAGUUGGACCAUUGACUUCUGCAUCCACAGUUCUGACUUCAACAGAUGGACCAUUGACUUCUGCAUCCACAGUUUUGACUUCAACAGAUGGAACAAUGACUUCUGACCCACUGACUUCUCAAACUACUGUUCAAUCGUCAACAUUAGAACAAUCGACUUCUGCAGUCACUGUUCUGACUUCAACAGCGGAGCCAUCGACUUCUGCAUCAACAGUUCUGACUUCAACAGAUCAACCAUUGACUUCUGCAUCCACAGUUCUGACCUCAACAGAUGGACCAUUGACUUCUGCAUCCACAGUUCAGACUUCAACAAAUGCAAAUGUGACUUCUGACCCACUGAUUUCUCAAACUACGGUUCAAACAUCAACAGCAGAGCCAUCGACUUCUUCAUCCACAGUUCUGACUCCAACAGAUGGACCAUUGACUUCUGCAUCCACAGUUCUGACUUCAGCAGAUGGACCAUUGACUUCUGCAUCAACAGUCCUGACUUCAACAGAUCAACCAUUGACUUCUGCAUCCACAGUUCUUACCUCAACAAAUGGAACAAUGACUACUGACCCAUUGACUUCUCAUACUACGGUUCAAACUUCAACAGCAGAUCAGUCGACUUCUGCAUCAACAGUUCUGAUAUCAACGGAUGGAGGAUUGACUUCUGCAUCCACAGUUCUGACUUCAACAUAUGAAACAGUGACUUCUGACACACUGACCUCUCAAACUACUGGUCGAAUUUCCACAUCAGAGCCUUCGAAUUCUGCAUCCACAGUUCUGACUUCAACAGAUGGAACAAUGACUUCUGACCCACUGACUUCUCAAACUACUGUUCAAACCUCAACAGCAGAGCAAUCAACUUCUGCAUCAACAGUUCUGACUUCAGCGGAUGGAGGAUUGACUUCUGCAUCCACAGUUCUGAUUUCAACAGAUGGAACAUUGACUUCUGACCCACUGACCUCUCAAACUACAGUUCAAACCUCACCAGUAGAGCCAUCGACUUCUGCAUCCACACUUCUGACUUCAACAGAUCGACCGUUGACUUCCGCAUCCACAGUUCUGACUUCAACAGAUGGACCAUUGACUUCUGCAUCCACAGUUCUGACUUCAACAGAUGGACCAUUGACUUCUGCAUCCACAGUUUUGACUUCAACAGAUGGAACAAUGACUUCUGACCCACUGACUUCUCAAACUACUGUUCAAUCGUCAACAUCAGAACAAUCGACUUCUGCAGUCACUGUUCUGACUUCAACAGCGGAGCCAUUGACUUCUGCAUCCACAAUUCAGACUUCAACAGAUGGACCAUUGACUUCUGCAUCCACAGUUCUGACUUCAACAGAUGGAACAAUGACUUCUGACCCAUUGACUUCUCAAACUACGGUUCAAACUUCAACAGCAGAGCAAUCAACUUCUGCAUCAACAUUUCUGACUUCAACGGAUGGAGGAUUGACUUCUGCAUCCACAGAUAUGACUUCAACAGAUGGACCAUUGACCUCUGCAUCCACAGUUCUGACUUCAACAGAUGUAACAUUGACUUCCGCAUCCACUGUUCAAACUUCAACAGCAGAGCCAUCGACUCCCGCAUCCACAGUUCUGGCUUCAACAGAUGGACCAUUGACUUCUGCGUCCACAAUUCUGACGACAACAGUUGGACCAUUGACUUCUGCAUCCACAGUUCUGACUUCAACAGAUGGACCAUUGACUUCUGCAUCCACAGUUUUGACUUCAACAGAUGGAACAAUGACUUCUGACCCACUGACUUCUCAAACUACUGUUCAAUCUUCAACAUCAGAACAAUCGACUUCUGCAGUCGCUGUUCUGACUUCAACAGCGGAGCCAUCAUCUUCUGCAUCAACAGUUCUGACUUCAACAGAUCAACCAUUGACUUCUGCAUCCACAGUUCUUACCUCAACAAAUGGAACAAUGACUACUGACCCAUUGACUUCUCAUACUACGGUUCAAACUUCAACAGCAGAUCAGUCGACUUCUGCAUCAACAGUUCUGAUAUCAACGGAUGGAGGAUUGACUUCUGCAUCCACAGUUCUGACUUCAACAUAUGAAACAGUGACUUCUGACACACUGACCUCUCAAACUACUGGUCGAAUUUCCACAUCAGAGCCUUCGAAUUCUGCAUUCACAGUUCUGACUUCAACAGAUGGACCAUUGACUUCUGCAUCCACAGUUUUGACUUCAACAGAUGGAACAAUGACUUCUGACCCACUGACUUCUCAAACUACUGUUCAAACUUCAACAGCAGAGCAAUCAACUUCUGCAUCAACAGUACUGACUUCAGCGGAUGGAGGAUUGACUUCUGCAUCCACAGUUACGACUUCAACAGAUGGACCAUUGACUUCUGCAUCCACAGUUCUGAUUUCAACAGAUGGAACAUUGACUUCUGACCCACUGACCUCUCAAACUACAGUUCAAACCUCACCAGUAGAGCCAUCGACUUCUGCAUCCACACUUCUGACUUCAACAGAUCGACCGUUGACUUCCGCAUCCACUGUUCAAACAUCAACAGCAGAGCCAUCGACUCCCGCAUCCACAGUUCUGACUUCAACAGAUGGACCAUUGACUUCUGCGUCCACAAUUCAGACUUCAACAGAUGGACCAUUGACUUCUGCAUCCACAGUUCAGACUUCAACAGAUGGACCAUUGACUUCUGCAUCCACAGUUCUGACUUCAACAGUUGAAAAUGUGACUUCUGACCCACUGACUUCUCAAACUACUGUUCAAUCUUCAACAUCAGAACAAUCGACUUCUGCAGUCACUGUUCUGACUUCAACAGCGGAGCCAUCGGUUUCUGCAUCAACAGUCCUGACUUCAACAGAUCAACCAUUGACUUCUGCAUCCACAGUUCUUACCUCAACAAAUGGAACAAUGACGACUGACCCAUUGACUUCUCAUACUACGGUUCUGGCUUCAACAGAUGGACCAUUGACUUCUGCGUCCACAAUUCUGACGACAACAGUUGGACCAUUGACUUCUGCAUCCACAGUUCUGACUUCAACUGAUGGACCAUUGACUUCUGCAUCCACAGUUUUGACUUCAACAGAUGGAACAAUGACUUCUGACCCACUGACUUCUCAAACUACUGUUCAAACUUCAACAGCAGAGCAAUCAACUUCUGCAUCAACAGUACUGACUUCAGCGGAUGGAGGAUUGACUUCUGCAUCCACAGUUACGACUUCAACAGAUGGACCAUUGACUUCUGCAUCCACAGUUCUGAUUUCAACAGAUGGAACAUUGACUUCUGACCCACUGACCUCUCAAACUACAGUUCAAACCUCACCAGUAGAGCCAUCGACUUCUGCAUCCACACUUCUGACUUCAACAGAUCGACCGUUGACUUCCGCAUCCACUGUUCAAACAUCAACAGCAGAGCCAUCGACUCCCGCAUCCACAGUUCUGACUUCAACAGAUGGACCAUUGACUUCUGCGUCCACAAUUCAGACUUCAACAGAUGGACCAUUGACUUCUGCAUCCACGGUUCUGACUUCAACAGAUGGAACAAUGACUUCUGACCCAUUUACUUCUCAAACUACGGUUCAAACUUCAACAGCAGAGCAAUCAACUUCUGCAUCAACAUUUCUGACUUCAACGGAUGGAGGAUUGACUUCUGCAUCCACAGAUAUGACUUCAACAGAUGGACCAUUGACCUCUGCAUCCACAGUUCUGGCUUCAACAGAUGGACCAUUGACUUCUGCGUCCACAAUUCUGACGACAACAGUUGGACCAUUGACUUCUGCAUCCACAGUUCUGACUUCAACAGAUGGACCAUUGACUUCUGCAUCCACAGUUUUGACUUCAACAGAUGGAACAAUGACUUCUGACCCACUGACUUCUCAAACUACUGUUCAAUCGUCAACAUUAGAACAAUCGACUUCUGCAGUCACUGUUCUGACUUCAACAGCGGAGCCAUCGACUUCUGCAUCAACAGUUCUGACUUCAACAGAUCAACCAUUGACUUCUGCAUCCACAGUUCUGACCUCAACAGAUGGACCAUUGACUUCUGCAUCCACAGUUCAGACUUCAACAGAUGCAAAUGUGACUUCUGACCCACUGAUUUCUCAAACUACGGUUCAAACAUCAACAGCAGAGCCAUCGACUUCUUCAUCCACAGUUCUGACUCCAACAGAUGGACCAUUGACUUCUGCAUCCACAGUUCUGACUUCAACAGUUGAAAAUGUGACUUCUGACCCACUGACUUCUCAAACUACUGUUCAAUCUUCAACAUCAGAACAAUCGACUUCUGCAGUCACUGUUCUGACUUCAACAGCGGAGCCAUCGGUUUCUGCAUCAACAGUCCUGACUUCAACAGAUCAACCAUUGACUUCUGCAUCCACAGUUCUUACCUCAACAAAUGGAACAAUGACUACUGACCCAUUGACUUCUCAUACUACGGUUCAAACUUCAACAGCAAAUCAGUCGACUUCUGCAUCAACAGUUCUGAUAUCAACGGAUGGAGGAUUGACUUCUGCAUCCACAGUUCUGACUUCAACAUAUGAAACAGUGACUUCUGACACACUGACCUCUCAAACUACUGGUCGAAUUUCCACAUCAGAGCCUUCGAAUUCUGCAUCCACAGUUCUGACUUCAACAGAUGGAACAAUGACUUCUGACCCACUGACUUCUCAAACUACUGUUCAAACCUCAACAGCAGAGCAAUCAACUUCUGCAUCAACAGUUCUGACUUCAACGGAUGGAGGAUUGACUUCUGCAUCCACAGUUUUGACUUCAACAGAUGGAACAAUGACUUCUGACCCACUGACUUCUCAAACUACUGUUCAAACUUCAACAGCAGAGCAAUCAACUUCUGCAUCAACAGUUCUGACUUCAGCGGAUGGAGGAUUGACUUCUGCAUCCACAGUUAUGACUUCAACAGAUGGACCAUUGACUUCUGCAUCCACAGUUCUGAUUUCAACAGAUGGAACAUUGACUUCUGACCCACUGACCUCUCAAACUACAGUUCAAACCUCACCAGUAGAGCCAUCGACUUCUGCAUCCACACUUCUGACUUCAACAGAUCGACCGUUGACUUCCGCAUCCACUGUUCAAACUUCAACAGCAGAGCCAUCGACUCCCGCAUCCACAGUUCUGGCUACAACAGAUGGACCAUUGACUUCUGCGUCCACAAUUCUGACGACAACAGUUGGACCAUUGACUUCUGCUUCCACAAUUCAGACUUCAACAGAUGGACCAUUGACUUCUGCAUCCACAGUUCUGACUUCAACAGAUGGAACAAUGACUUCUGACCCAUUGACUUCUCAAACUACGGUUCAAACUUCAACAGCAGAGCAAUCAACUUCUGCAUCAACAUUUCUGACUUCAACGGAUGGAGGAUUGACUCCUGCAUCCACAGAUAUGACUUCAACAGAUGGACCAUUGACCUCUGCAUCCACAGUUCUGACUUCAACAGAUGUAACAUUGACUUCCGCAUCCACAGUUCAAACAUCAACAGCAGAGCCAUCGACUUCUUCAUCCACAGUUCUGACUCCAACAGAUGGACCAUUUACUUCAGCAUCAACAGUUCUGACUUCAGCAGAUGGACCAUUGACUUCUGCGUCCACAAUUCUGACUACAACAGUUGGACCAUUGACUACUGCAUCCACAGUUCUGACUUCAGCAGAUGGACCAUUGACUUCUGCGUCCACAAUUCUGACUACAACAGUUGGACCAUUGACUUCUUCAUCCACAGUUCUGACUCCAACAGAUGGACCAUUUACUUCAGCAUCAACAAUUCUGACUUCAGCAGAUGGAACAAUGACUUCUGACCCACUGACUUCUCAAACUACUGUUACAAUUUCAACAUCAGAGCCAUUGACUUCUGCAGUCACAGUUCUAACUUCAACAGAUAAACCGUUGACUUCUGCAUCAACAGUUCUGACCUCAACAGUUGGAUCAUCAAUUUCUGCAUCCACACUUCUGACUUCAACAGAUGGACCAUUGACUUCUGCAUCCACAGUUCUGACUUCAGCAAAUGAAAAUGUGACUUCUGACCCAUUGACUUCUCAUAUUACGGUUCAAUCUUCAACAGCAGAUCAAUCGACUUCUGCAUCAACAGUUCUGAUAUCAACGGAUAGAGGAUUGACUUCUGCAUCCACAGUUCUGACUUCAACAUAUGGAACAUUGACUUCUGACCCACUGACCUCUCAAACUACAGUUAAAACUUCAGCAGUAAUGCCAUCGACUUCUGCAUCCACAGUUCUGACUUCAACAGAUGGACCAUUGACUUCCGCAUCCACUGUUCAAACUUCAACAGCAGAUCAAUCGACUUCUGCAUCAACAGUUCUGAUAUCAACGGAUGGAGGAUUGACUUCUGCAUCCACAGUUCUGACUUCAACAUAUGGAACAUUGACUUCUGACCCACUGACCUCUCAAACUACUGUUCAAACUUCACCAGUAAUGCCAUCGACUUCUGCAUCCACAGUUCUGACUUCAACAGAUGGACCAUUGACUUCCGCAUCCACUGUUCAAACUUCAACAGCAGAUCAAUCGACUUCUGCAUCAACAGUUCUGAUAUCAACGGAUGGAGGAUUGACUUCUGCAUCCACAGGUCUGACUUCAACAUAUGGAACAUUGACUUCUGACCCACUGACCUCUCAAACUACAGUUCAAACUUCAGCAGUAAUGCCAUCGACUUCUGCAUCCACAGUUCUGACUUCAACAGAUGGACCAUUGACUUCCGCAUCCACUGUUCAAACUUCAACAGCAGAUCAAUCGACUUCUGCAUCAACAGUUCUGAUAUCAACGGAUGGAGGAUUGACUUCUGCAUCCACAGUUCUGACUUCAACAUAUGGAACAUUGACUUCUGACCCACUGACCUCUCAAACUACAGUUCAAACUUCACCAGUAAUGCCAUCGACUUCUGCAUCCACAGUUCUGACUUCAACAGAUGUACCGUUGACUUCCGCAUCCACUGUUCAAACUUCAACAGCAGAGCCAUCGACUCCCGCAUCCACAGUUCUGAUUCCAACAGAUGGACCAUUGACUUCUCCGUCCACAAUUCUGACGACAACAGUUGGACCAUUGACUUCUGCAUCCACAGUUCAGACUUCAACAGAUGCAAAUGUGACAUCUGACCCGCUGAUUUCUCAAACUACGGUUCAAACAUCAACAGCAGAGCCAUCGACUUCUUCAUCCACAUUUCUGACUCCAACAGAAGGACCAUUUACUUCAGCAUCAACAGUUCUGACUUCAACAGAUGGACCAUUGACUUCUGCGUCCACAAUUCUGACUACAACAGUUGGACCAUUGACUUCUGCAUCCACAGUUCCGACUUCAACAGAUGGACCAUUGACUUCUGCAUCCACAGUUCUGACUUCAACAGAUGAAAAUGUGACUUCUGACCGACUGACUUCUCAAACUACUGUUCAAUCGUCAACAUCAGAACAAUCGACUUCUGCAGUCACUGUUCUGACUUCAGCAGCGGAGCCAUUGACUUCUGCAGUCACUGUUCUGACUUCAACAGCGGAGCCAUCGACUUCUGCAUCAACAGUUCUGACUUCAACAGAUGAACCAUUGACUUCUGUAUCCACAGUUCGGACCUCAACAGAUGGACCAUUGACCUCUGCAUCCACAGUUCUGACUUCAACAGAUGGAAUAGUGACUUCUGACACACUGACUUCUCAAACUACGGUUCAAACUUCAACAGCAGAGCCAUUGACUUCUGCAUCCACAGUUCUGACUUCAGCGGAUGGAACAGUGACUUCUGCAUCCACAGUUCUGAAUUCAACAGAUGAACCAUUGACUUCUGUAUCCACAGUUCGGACCUCAACAGAUGGACCAUUGACCUCUGCAUCCACAGUUCUGACUUCAACAGAUGGAAUAGUGACUUCUGACACACUGACUUCUCAAACUACGGUUCAAACUUCAACAGCAGAGCCAUUGACUUCUGCAUCCACAGUUCUGAUUUCAGCGGAUGGAACAAUGACUUCUGCAUCCACAGUUAUGACUUCAACAGAUGGACAAUUGACUUCUGGAUCCAUAGUUCUGACUUCAACAUAUGGAACAUUGACUUCUGACCCACUGACCUCUAAAACUACAGUUCAAACUUCACCAGUAGUGCCUUUGACUUCUGCAUCCACACUUCUGACUUCAACAGAUCGACCGUUGACUUCCGCAUCCACUGUUCAAACUUCGACAGCAGAGCCAUCGACUCCCGCAUCCACAGUUCUGGCUUCAACAGAUGGACCAUUGACUUCUGCGUCCACAAUUCUGACGACAACAGUUGGACCAUUGACUUCUGCAUCCACAGUUCAGACUUCAACAGAUGCAAAUUUGACUUCUGACCCACUGAUUUCUCAAACUACGGUUCAAACAUCAACAGCAGAGCCAUCGACUUCUUCAUCCACAGUUCUGACUCCAACAGAUGGACCAUUGACUUCUGCAUCCACAGUUCUGACUUCAACAAAUGAAAAUGUGACUUCUGACCCACUGACUUCUCAAACUACUGUUCAAUCUUCAACAUCAGAACAAUCGACUUCUGCAGUCACUGUUCUGACUUCAACAGCGGAGCCAUCGACUUCUGCAUCAACAGUUCUGACCUCAACAGUUGGAGCAUCGAUUUCUGCAUCCAUAGUUCUGACUUCAACAAAUGAAAAAGCAACUUCUGACCCACUGACUUCUCAAACUACGGUUCAGACUUCAGCAGCAGAGCCAUCGACUUCUGCAUCAACAGUUCUGACUUCGACAGAUCCACCAUUGACUUCUGCAUCCACAGUUCAGACUUCAACAGAUAAAACAGUGACCUCUUACCCACUGAUUUCUCAAACUACGGUUCAAACUUCAACAGCUGAGCCAUCGACUUCCGCAUCCUCAGUUCUGACUUCAACAACAGAGCCAUUGACUUCUGUAUCCACAGUUCUGACUUCAACUGAUCAACCAUUUACUUCUGCGUCCACAAUUUUGACUUCAACAGUUGGACAAUUUACUUCUGCAUCAACAGUUCCGACUUCAACAAAUGGAACAGUGACUUCUGACACACUGACUUCUCAAACUACUGUUCAAUCUUCAACAUCAGAGCUAUCGACUUCUCCAGUCACUGUUCUGACUUCAACAGCAGAACCAUCGACUCCCGCAUUCACAGUUCUGACUUCAACAGCAGAGCCAUCGAUUUCCGCGUCCACAGUUCUGAAUUCCACAACAGAGCCAUCGACUUCUGUAUCCACAGUUCUGACUCCAACAGAUGGACUAUUUACUUCUGCAUCCACAGUUCUGACUUCAAAAGAUGAAACAGUGACUUCUGACACACUGACCUCUCAAACUACAGUUCAAACUUCACCAGCAGAGCCAAUGUCUUCUGCAUCCACACUUCUGACUUCAACAGAUGGACCAUUGACUUCUGCAUCAACAGUUCCGACUUCAACAGAUGGAACAGUGACUUCUGCAUUCACAGUUUUGCCUUCAACAGUUGGACAAUUGACUUCUGCAUCCACAGUUGUGACUUCAACAGAUGGACCAUUGACUUCUGCAUCCACAGUUCUGACUUCAACAGAUGGAACAAUGACUUCUGACCCACUGACUUCUCAAACUACUGUUCAAACUUCAACAUCAGAGCCAUCAACUUCUGCAGUCACAGUUCUGACUUCAACAGUUAGAGCAUCGACUCCUGCAUCCACAGUUUUGACUUCAACAGACGGACCAUUAACUUCUGCAUCCACGGUUCUGGCUUCAACAGACGGACCAUUGACUUCUGACCCACUGAUUUCUCAAACUACGGUUCAAACUUCAACAGCAGAGCCAUUGACUUCCGCAUCCACAGUUCUGGCUCCAACAUCAGAGCCAUCGACUUCUGCAUCUACAGUUCUGACUUCAACAGAAGGACCAUUGGCCUCUGCAUCCACAGUUCUGACUCCAACAGAUGAACCAUUGACUUCUGCAUCAACAGUUCUGACUUUAACAGAUGGAACAGUGACUUCUGACCCACUGAUUUCUCAAACUACGGUUCAAACUUCAACAGUAGAGCCAUCAACUCCCGCAUUCACAGUUCUGACUUCAACAGAUGAACCAUUGACUUCUGCAUCAACAGUUCCGACUUCAACAGGGGGACCAUUGACUCCUGCAUCCACAGUUCUGACUUCAACAGGUGAACCAUUGACUUAUGCAUCCACAGUUCUGACUUCAACGAAUGGAACUGUGACUUCUGACCCACUGACUCCACAAACUACGGUUCAAACUUCAGCAGCUAUAACAGUGACUACUCCAUCUACUUUUUCAACUUCAACAACUGAGCCAGUGACUAGUCAGUCUACAGGUUUAACUGCAACAGCUGAACCAGUAACUAUUCAGUCUACCGGUCCAACGGCAACAGCUGAACCAAUGACUACUCAAUCUACGCUGCUAACUUCAACAGCUGAACCAGUGAUUUCUGCAUCUACGGUUCCGGCUUCAACAGCUCGACCAGUAAUUACCGUCCCAUUGACUACUCAAUCUGCGGUUCCAACAACUAAACCACCAGAUUGCCAGAAUGGAGGACAUCGCAACGGUUCAAUAAAAUGCAUCUGUCUACUUGGAUUCCGCGGACUCCUUUGCGAGCAUUUCUCAGAUCAUGUUAAACCAGAAGUGGUUACGACAAAAGUGAUUGUUGAGGUGGUGGUGAACCAGGAUUAUGAACCAGAUUAUAAUGAUGACAAAUCGCCAGAAUACAAAGACUUUGUGAAGAUCUUUACACAACAGAUGACUUCAUACUAUAGAAAAGUCAACAUAGAGAACUUCGAACGUGUGAUUGUUACAAAAGUGAGUCCUGCAGUUUCCUUUGUCAGGA